AUGGUCAGAGUUUCGAUAUACGCCCUAAUCUCCGUGAUUUCCUUCGCUGCUUUCGGCGCGGGCUCCGGUAGGAAGGAAGGGUCAGAUACCUGGCAGCCGGUCGGAGGAUACCCGAGAAGCAAUGGCAACGACAGCAACAGCAACAGUAGCACCAGCAGCGAGUUGAUCGGGAUACUCCUCUGGAUCGACACCCUGUCUAUCAACCAAGCCGACAUGUCCGAGCGCAACAGUCAGGUGCUGCUAAUGGGAGAGGUUUAUCGUAACGCUACUUCGGUGCUAUCGUGGCUGGGCGAGCAUCCUCUCCUUUCUCGGGCUCUAAAGUGCCCUGCUUCUAAAAUUGAUUCAAGAACAAGGAACGACCUGCGAGAAAAGCUUGGACGCGAAUGGCUGGAGUCAACCAAGAAGAUGUGGCAGGAUGAUAAGAACCUGGAAAGCAUCGUCAAAUUCGUCGAGGAGGAAUACUAG